GAAUUUUCUAUUUAAUUUCGGGAAUUCGGGGAACAUUUCCGGCUACGGUUGGCGCGCACUGCAGGCCUUGCAGCAGUGGCGUAGGCCCGAUCGCCGCUCAGGGCAGCCGGGCCUCCCCGCGCCCUGCGUGCCCUCUGCGCGGGUGUGCCGGUCUCGGCGGCAGCCCAGAGCCCGCACGGGGCUGCGGCGGGAACGGCUGCGUGUCGCCUGCCCCGGAACCCCCGGCCGAGGGCGGCGGCGGCGCGGCGGAGCGUGUUCCCAGCGGCGCGCUCCGACGCCGCCCGGCGCGCAGGGGCAUUGUGGGUGCCCGGCUGCCGCCGCUGCGGCUUUCGGCGGGUUCUGUUAAAAUGGCGCCCUGAGGCGGCGGUGGCCGGCGCUGCCGGGUCCUUGCGCUGCUUCGCGGGAGGGGUGGGGGGGCGCGCUUCCUCUCCUCCCUUCCGCUGUCAUCCCGCCGCGCCUCCGGCUCUGCCGCCCGCUCCCCCGUUACACACACCUCCUGCCUCUCGGGCGGCGAUGGCGACUCCGGACCAAAAAUCCCCCAACGUUUUGCUGCAGAACCUCUGCUGCCGCAUCCUGGGCAAAAGCGAAGCUGAUGCAGCCCAACAGUUUCAGUAUGCAGUGAGAGUUAUAGGAAGCAACUUUGCUCCCACUGUUGAGCGGGAUGAAUUUCUUGUGGCAGAGAAAAUCAAGAAAGAACUUGUGCGACAAAGAAGGGAAGCAGAUGCUGCUUUGUUUUCAGAACUCUACAGAAAGCUCGGUUCACAGGGCAUUUUGAAAAACAAAUGGUCAAUACUCUACCUCCUGCUUAGCCUUAGUGAAGAUCCACGUAAGCAGUCUAACAAGGUAUCAAGUUAUGCCACGCUUUUUGCUCAAGCAUUGCCACGGGAUGCUCACUCAACCCCUUAUUACUAUGCCAGGCCUCAAAGCCUUCCAUUGAAUUACCAAGACCGCAGUGCUCAGUCUGCCCAGAGUUCCUGCAGCAUGGGGAGCAGUGGGAUCAGCAGCAUCGGCCUGUAUGCUCUGAAUGGGCCAACGCCAACUCCACAAUCACUCCUUCCAGGACAAUCCUAUCAAGCUCCGGGUGUUGAGAAUUGCCUCCGUCAGCAAUUAGGGUCACGUCUCGCGUGGACUCUAACUGCAAAUCAGCCUUCGUUACAAAGUGCUACCUCAAAAGGCUUUUCAAAUGCUGUGUCCCGUGGUGUGCCAAGGUCAAGGCGAGAGGGGGAUACAAGCGGCUCUGUUGAAGUAACUGAAGCAAAUCUUGUAAGAGAUGUUUUGUAUGUCUUCCAGGGAAUAGAUGGCAAAAACAUCAAAAUGUGCAAUUCUGAAAAUUGCUAUAAAGUGGAGGGAAAGGUGAGCUUGUCCAAAUCUCUCAGAGAUACAACAAGUAGACUUGCAGAGCUCGGAUGGCUACAUAAUAAAAUAAGAAAAUACACAGACCAGAGGAGUUUGGAUCGUGCGUUUGGACUUGUGGGACAGAGUUUUUGUGCAGCCUUACAUCAGGAACUUAAAGAAUACUACCGACUUCUGUCUGUUUUACAUUCUCAGUUGCAAUUGGAAGAUGAUCAGGGUGUGAAUUUGGGACUUGAGAGCAGUUUAACACUUCGCCGGCUUCUAGUCUGGACAUAUGAUCCUAAAAUAAGGUUAAAGACCCUUGCAGCACUUGUUGAUCACUGUCAAGGGAGAAAAGGUGGUGAACUAGCCUCAGCAGUUCAUGCCUAUACUAAAACAGGAGAUCCUUACAUGAGAUCUCUGGUUCAGCACAUUCUUGGCCUAGUAUCCCAUCCUGUACUGAAUUUCCUUUAUCGCUGGAUUUAUGAUGGAGAGCUGGAGGAUACAUACCAUGAGUUUUUUGUAGCUUCAGAUCCUACAGUUAAAACGGAUCGGUUGUGGCAUGACAAAUACACUCUGAGGAAAUCAAUGAUCCCUUCUUUUAUUACAAUGGAGCAGUCAAAAAAGGUCCUCUUAAUAGGAAAAUCCAUAAACUUCUUGCAUCAAGUUUGUCAUGAUCAAACUCCCUCCACAAAGAUGAUUGCUGUGGCAAAAUCUGCAGAGUCGUCAAAAGAUGCUGCUGAUUUGUUCACAGAUCUGGAAAAUGCAUUUCAAGAGAAAAUUGAUGCAGCUUAUUUUGAGACCAGCAAAUACCUGUUGGAUGUUCUCAAUAAGAAGUACAAUUUACUGGAACACAUGCAGGCCAUGAGGCGAUACUUACUACUUGGUCAAGGAGACUUUAUCAGGCAUUUAAUGGACUUACUCAAGCCAGAGCUUGCACGACCAGCUACAACCUUGUAUCAGCAUAAUCUAACUGGAAUCCUUGAAACAGCGGUGAGGGCAACUAAUGCCCAGUUUGAUAAUCCUGAAAUUCUCAAACGAUUGGAUGUUCGACUUCUGGAGGUGUCUCCUGGGGACACUGGAUGGGAUGUCUUCAGCUUGGACUAUCAUGUUGAUGGGCCAAUAGCAACGGUAUUUACACGUGAGUGCAUGAGCCACUAUCUAAGAGUAUUUAAUUUCCUUUGGAGAGCAAAGCGAAUGGAGUAUAUUCUUACUGAUAUAUGGAAAGGGCACAUGUGCAAUGCAAAGCUUCUGAAAAGUAUACCAGAGCUUUCUGGGGUGCUGCAUCAGUGUCACGUUCUGGCAUCAGAAAUGGUCCAUUUCAUUCAUCAAAUGCAGUAUUACAUUACAUUUGAGGUGCUUGAAUGUUCAUGGGAUGAACUCUGGAACAAGGUCCAACAAGCACAGGACUUGGAUCACAUCAUUGCAGCUCAUGAAGUUUUUCUAGACACAAUCAUAGCUCGGUGCUUGCUGGAUAGUGAUUCCAGGGUACUUCUCAACCAGCUCCGAGCUGUUUUUGAUCAGAUCAUUGAGCUCCAGAAUGCCCAAGAUGCAAUGUACAGAGCUGCUUUGGAGGAGUUGCAGCUGAGGUUGCAAUUUGAAGAGAGGAAAAAACAGCGUGAGCUUGAGGGAAAGUGGGGUGUAACUGCAUCAGAAGAUGAAGAAGAGAGCAGGAGGAUGAAAGAAUUUCAAGACUCAAUACCCAAAAUGUGCUCACAGCUGCGAAUACUCACUCACUUUUACCAGGGAAUCGUCCAACAGUUCUUGGUUCUGCUGACAACCAGUUCUGAUGAAAGCCUUCGGUUUCUUAGCUUUAGAUUGGACUUCAAUGAACAUUAUAAAGCAAGAGAGCCAAGGCUUCGCGUGUCAUUGGGCACUAGAGGCAGACGAAGCUCCCAUAUGUGAAACAACUGCGAAGGACUGCACCUCGGUAUCCGAAGGACGUUGAACCUCUUGUUGGACAAGGCAAUCAGUGUUGACAUAGUACCACCAAAUCGUGCGUGAUCGGUGUCUGCCAUUUCUGGAGUCAACAUGUUUUUUGGUCAUGUGAUUGUGUGACACUGUAUAGCAGAAAGCAAAAACAGUAGGGUUUUUCUACACAGACAUUUCUAGAAUUACCAGACUAAAUGGGCUGAUUGAACCUCUUCCAACCAACUUCUUAAACCAUCCUUUUAAAAAGUUGCCAAUUUAAUUUGAAGCUUUCUGAGUUCUCUCCACUGUAACUUAUAUCUGUGUCCAGGAAAUCACAUCUUUUGUUUAUAGAAAGCACCCUUUCCUUUUUUAACAAGAAAAUAAGAAGGUUAUUUUUUCUAUAUGUACUUGUUCUCUGAAGAGAGCUUUUGUUAAAGCAAACAGAUGAGGACCCAGACCUGAUGUCCCUGUUAAGAAGCUAUACAGCAUUUCAUUAUGCUGAUUUUUUUUCAGUGUUGUGAUGUGUUUGACUGUGUGAGAAACUUUGUAUCAGGAGACAUAAACUUCUAUUUAAUUUGUUGUUGUUUUCAAAGUUAAACUGAAAUGAAAAAAUCUAGUAGGGAAAUUCUAUGGUUACUGUACAGGACAAAACUAUAGAAGUAGAGCAGGAGUGUAUUUGUUGCACAUAAGAUCUGAAAAAUGAAGUUAAAGCCUCAGUACUGUUAAAAGAAGGUGUUGGUUAAGACUGAAUUGAAUGAAGUAAUUGAUGUUCAGAAUAGGAUGUGUAGAAACAAACUGACUUGGCUGAUGUUGACUUCAUUCUUUUCCCUUCCCUAUUUUUUCAUUGUAAAUAUUUAUAUAUUGCUGUCCAGGUGUUGGGGAGAGGGGGAUUCUUCUUUUGCAAAGUUGUCAUUAUAUCAGGUCAUUUAUUAUGUUCCACAAGUGCAAGCUUAGAAAAAUAAAAACACGAUUAUCUUUCAAACAA